AUUUCUCAAAUUAAUUCCGAUAACAGUAGCAGCAAAACGAUGACAUACAGCGCUGUCAAUUUAUUAGGCCGAACCAGGGCUGUAGCAAUGACAAACGCAACUUUUGAUGUCGUCGUUGUGGGUGCCGGUAUUUUCGGUUCGUGUACAGCUUAUCACUGCCAGAAACUUGGAUUGAAAACACUCCUCUUGGAAAAGGUGAUUUGUUGGUCAAACCAAACUCCAUUGCCUUUAACUGGGUUUAUUCUGAAUUUUAAAACUAAAAGCCUAGCGGUAAUUCUAAAAAAAGGAAGCAGAGAAUAG